AUGACAUUAAUUCCGUUGCAUCUUCUCUCACUAUUUAUUCUGUCACAUAUCGUCUUCGCAGCAGACACAAGGGAACAGGACAUUGAUUGGCUGUUUCCAUACGCCGGUGCUCGAAUAUAUACCACAGAAAAGAGAGGCACAUAUUUUGGCUACUCCGUAGCGAGUUAUGUGGGACAAACGCAGCCCUUCUGUCUGGUGGGUGCACCAAAAGCUCGUAAUACCUACGACUUUUUUGGUCCCGAUCCAGCUGAUGUUUUAACUCAGCAAGAUCCCAUGGUCGAAAUGUUCGGAAAUACCACAGGAUUAAUUUACCGAUUAGACUUGGACGCAGAAUAUCCUGACUGCAGUCGAAUGCCAAUUGCAGAUAACAACGAGGAUAGGCGGUUAUAUGGGACCCUGGAACCUGGAGUCUCCUUGUGGAUCGGUGGCAUGGUGGCAGCAACCAGCGAUGGCAGAGACGGACUCCAGCUCGGCUGUGACCCCAGGUACCUAUACACCCCCGCGGCAUCCAGCAAGUCAUCCUUGCCUGGUCUUGGUAUGCAGAACAUGGGGACUGGCACUUGUGCACUCUACACUGGCAUUUCAAUGCAAUAUACCCCAAUCGAUGCCUGCGUUAGCAACGAGGAGGGAGCGUGUCUAGCAGGGUUCAGUGGAGCCGUUGAAUCUGGCACCGAACCAGGCGAGGCGUUCGUCGUCUUGGGCAUGCCUGGCUCUUAUCUGACAGAGGGGAACGUCUUCUUUGGUCACUACCGAGGCCAGGAGGCUCUUAAACAACUCAGGUUAAAAAGCUCACCGCAGGACCUUAAGCAUAAGGGCUUUAAUCUAGGAUAUGCGGUCGGGUUGUACAAGCAUCCUCAGUGGGAUCCUCAAACCUCCCCUUCGUCCUUGUCUGCCACAAGCUCCAGUCGGUUCACCAUUCUCGCUUCCAGUCCCAUGUGGGUGGACAAUGACUACCGAGGAGUUAUCAUGCUUCUAACUGAAGCCCUUAACCUUGACUCGAUUCGUUAUAUCAACGAUCAAUGGGGCCACAUCGGGAGUUUUUUUGGAUACAGCAUUGCAGCCGCUGACUUAAAUGGCGACGGAAUCGCUGAAAUCAUUGUAGGAUCCCCUUAUUUCUCAGAAAACCAACGCUUCAAGGAAUCACAAACAACUAUUGAUUCCCUAAAUAUACAGGCUGAUCAGCCUUUGCAAACCGAAGAAAGUGAUGACCCUCAAAACCGGUACCGAUCAAUAACUCCAGACGUUGGUCGUGUCUACAUUUUCUAUGGUAAACCACAAGAAUUAAUCGGAGCUGCAGCCUAUAUGGAGAGUGAAGGAGAUCUUGAUCAAGAUGGAUAUGGAGAAUACAUACACGACCCCCCUGUUAUCUUGAGGGGUCCCCUACGCCCUGGGGGUCGUUUUGGACAUGUAGUUCUCGCGUCGGGAGACCUGGACGGUGAUGGCAUUGAGGAUAUGGUCGUUUCGUGUCCCUUCUGUCAUGAUGCCCGAAAAUCCGUAGACAAGGGCGCUGUUUACCUGUACCUCGGGCGCAAAAAUGAGAUGAUUAGAGACGAACCUGACCAGAUUAUCUAUGCCGGUGAACUGCCUAUGAGGGGCACCUUUGCCUGCGAAGGUUCUUUUGAUGCUUCUCAGCCCAACAAGCGGCCGUUUUCUGCCUUUGGGUGGAGCAUGGCCACAAAAUCCGACGUUGACGGGAACAUGUCGCCCGAUCUAAUCAUAGGCGACUACGACAGUGAACAGGUUGUGGCCCUCCAAUCAAGAAAUCUGGUUUGGUUAGAGGAACCCAAAUGGAGACUCCCAAACCGACCUACUCUAGACUGGUCAGGUCCAUACAAUUCCUCGUGUGACACGCGCUGCCGUUACCAUGUUGCACUCAGCCUCAACGUCCGUGCCCGUGAAGAAUUUUUCUUGUCAAAUCCUGACACUCCCUUUCGACUCCGCUAUCGAAUCGAUUUGGACAGUCGAAUUACUCAAAAUAGUGCUAAACGCCUGCAUUCUGUAAAAACAGGUGAACCUGUUGUUGUAGAUUCGACUGAAGUCACUCUCUCCAGUUUAAAGAAAGCAUCAAUCGGAAGUCGCCUUUUCAAAAUGUUUGAAUUGGAUGUUGAGCCUCGCUGGCACCAAGCAUCACAACAGCUCUGGAAGCCAAUAGUCAUUAAUGUCAGUAUUGAACUCCUUCCAGAGAAUGUGGGCAUCUUGUCAGUUGAAGGGAGGUGGCAACCUGGCUGGAAUCUCCAUCCCUUAAAGGGAGAUCGAGUUUUCUUUAGUCGGCCUAUGUACUUUUCGAAUCCUGACUGCGGUUAUGACAAUAUUUGUGUGCCUGAUUUAAGCAUCGAGGCUUAUGACACCUCAGAAGGCUUUGAGUUCGGCGGUGAGGGGCCCUCGACAAUUUACUACAAGGAGAGGAUUAGUGAGCGCAACUUCACAGUCGCCGUGCGGAACCUCGGAGAGAACGCGUAUGACACAAAAGUGCGCGUCCACAUCCCCUCGCACUUUUCUUACAUACCAGACAAAAAUUACGCUUGCAAAAUUGAAAUUGAGCCGCAGGAAAGCAAUGAAACUGUGGAUCUUUAUUCGGAUGACACGGAGCGCGAAAAUUUCAAAAUUCCCAUCACAACCGUGGUGUGCAGUCUUGGGAAUCCUUUUGUCUCCACAAGUCCACGAUGGGAGAAGAUCCGGUUUCAAUUAAGCACGUCAGGUGUCUUUCAGCCCCCAGCAGGAAUUCGAAGCAAGCCCCCCGACACCAAUGAUAAGGCGACAACCAACACGACCAAAUGGGUUCCACCAGAAAAACUAGAGAUUAUCGCCGAGGUUACUAGUGGCAACGAGAACAUGAGGGACAGGAAGGUGGUCACAAAGUUCUCGUAUGAACUGAAGCUCCUCGCCGAUAUAAAGAUAUCGUCCUCCUCUCUCGGCCAUACCGUCUUCGACCGACGGAACUUCUCCUCGCAGUUCACGGAAAGACAGCGUGUCCACCCGGAGAGCAUCGGUCCAGAGUUUGAACAGAUCUUCCUCGUCUCGAAUCUAGGCCCCUCCCCGAUGGAGAAUAUUUGGGUCAACCUAAGUGUACCAUUACAAACGGAGGACGGUGACUUUCUGGUCUAUCUGCUCGAUCUCAUAAGAAUGCAGAAUACUGGAGGAGGUCUGCCGUUACAGAUUCCCGUCACCCCAGACGUUGUAAGCGCUGACGGUCAAUUGAGAGGCACUUGCUUUACCCCCGAGUCAGCCAUCAACCCUCUUCGGUUGAAUGCGGUAGAUCGAAAACGGCACCCGGGUCAAGGUCACAGUUUACACGUGGUCCACCGAGUACGACGUGAAGCUGAUGUAUUCAACCUGGCACCGGACGAUUUGGCUGCAGUACGCGAGACCCGAUCGACCACAGCAGAUCUUCUAGGCGAACGGGUAUCGCAGCAGAAGGUUGUUUCCUGUGACCGACCACUCGAAGACCUCGGUGUUCCGGUGUGCCUCCAUAUCCCCUGCAGAAUCAAUCGACUUGGUCGCGGAGACGCCGUCCGCGUGGUGUUCCGUGGGUGGGUCUGGGCCGACACCUUAUUCCGUCAUAAAUUUUCCGAUGUCGCAAUAGUCAUCUCUGCAGUCGCCCAAAUCCCAACCCAUGCAUUUGGCAUACCAGUGACCGGCAAUUUCUCCACUAUUUCCCUUACUGUCUCCCAAAACUUUGUUUUCGAGGGCAUCAAGUUGAUAAUCACGCAGACAAUUCCCAUUCUUCCUGUAAUUAUUGGCGUCGUCUUGGGCAUCCUCCUUUUAAUCAUUAUCAUCGUAAUCAUGUGGCGAUGCGGCUUCUUCAAACGAACUCGUCUAACAGAAGAGGCCUUGGCUGCAGCCGCUUGCCAGGAAAAUGGAAACAAACUGGCCUGA